AUAAAAGACACAAGAAAAGAGAGAGAAACGAACGACUUGGUUUGUGUUUGUGUUUGGUACUUUGGUUCAUUUCAUGCUCUUUUCGAUUCAGAUCAUUCACAACGCAAACUCAACACAAUCUCUCUCACCAAAUCCAACACAACCCACGUCAAAUCUCACCGACCCAUUUCCUAUUUUCACUUCUAAAAUCCUCAACCACCCUUUUUCAAUUCAUCUCCGAUCAGCAUGCAGCAACUGAAGGUAGAUACGUGUUGAAUGAAAGUUAAACAGAACCAACAAAGAUUCGUAACAAUCUAUAAUUAACGAUGUCGAAUGAUGUUGUGAAAGUGAAGAGAGAAACGAUUGCAGCAUGCAUGACCUGUCCACUAUGUAACAAUUUGUUCAAACAACCUACAACUAUAUCUGAAUGUCUUCACACGUUUUGCAGGAAAUGCAUUUAUGACAAAUUUACUGAUGAGGAUUUGGAAUGCUGUCCAGUAUGCAACAUUGAUUUGGGUUGUGUUCCACUUGAGAAACUAAGGCCUGACCACACUAAGCAAGAUGUAAGGGCCAAAAUCUUCCCCUUAAAGGGAAGAAAGGUGAAAGCACCUGAACCUGAAGCUGUCGCCGCCUCAGAACCAUUGCCAGCUAAAAGAAAGGAGAGAUCUCUUUCGUCUUUGGUGGUCAACACACCAAGGGUAUCUGUGCAAACAACCAUGACAGGAAGAAGAACGAAACCUACCAGAAAGGCUAGCAGUCUGCGGUCCUCUAGUUUUUCCAUUGAUAAAUCAAUUAAAAAAGAGGCAGAACUACUGGAUGACUGUCCCGAGAGUUCAAGCUCACCUGAAGCUUCAAAUAAGUUGCGUCAGAACAACGGACAGCAGAGUGAGGGUAGUCAAUCCGCACCAAAUAGAGUAACAGAGAACGAUUCCAAAACAUGUGACGCAAAGAUGGAUCUUUGGAAACCGUUGAAUUGUUUAGUAGAGGUCGCAAGCAGGACUAAAUCUUUGAAGUCUAAUAAUAUACAAGGGUCUGAUGCUAAACCAGAACCUGCUCAAGCAAAUGAGAGUGGCUCUCAAGUGCAGAAAAUCAAAAAUAAGGAAAAGAAACGCAAGGCAAAAGUUGAGGAUGAAAGUAUUAGCCCAUUUCCCGUUUCUUCAGAUACAGCAAAACCCAAUAAAUUGCGCAGAGUACGCAGGAAAAAGGAACCUUUUGGAGAAUCAGGCAUAUCACCCCAAGCUGUGGUUGAUUCUACCGGCAGUAAACUCUUUAAGGGUGGUCCAAUUUGGUUCUCCUUAGUAGCUUCUGAAAAUCAAGAAGGAGACACACCCUUGCCACAAAUUCCUGCAAGCUAUGUGAGAAUAAAGGAUGGAAGCGUACCUGUCUCAUUUAUCCAAAAAUACCUAAUGAAGAAACUCGAUCUGACCAAUGAAACUGAGAUUGAGAUUAUAUGUAUGGGACAACCAGUUCUCCCUACAUUGACACUACAUAAUUUGGUUGAGCUGUGGCUUGAUUCAACAGCGUCCACAUCACACCGAAUUCCGGCUAUUAUUGGAUCCUCAGCAAAGGAUUUUGUCAUGGUCCUUGCUUAUGCCCGGAAAUCUCCACGCCCUUGAUCAUGGUUACCCCCCCAUUGACAUCACCUUGGUAAUCAUCACUGCAUCAUUGUUGCUGGCGGUACUAUAUUAGAUAGAAAUUCUUCCUUCUCCAUAAAAACAAACCCCUUCUGUACCAUUAGUUUAGAGCAUCUUGAUCUGGUUUGGUCAUACUGUAAUGAUCAUUUUAUCCGGAUUUUUUAAGACUGUUUUUCCCUUUUUUUUUUUUCCUUCCUUUUUACAUUAUCUUGUUAUUCCAAUAAUUUGGAGUUAACAUGUGGAUUAGGUAGCUACAGCCUACAGGCCAACAUACUGGUCAUAAGAUAUAAUUUGUUGGGAAUUUGAUAUUUGAA